GGUUUGGUCGUCGUCGAAGUGUCGGAGCGGUCAUCAGUUAUUUCAGUCAAAACACGGAGUUGGCGGUCUGUUGUCGGUUGUUACAAGUCGGCUGGAUGACAAAAGAGUGAUCAAAGCCGGUAGUGACGGACAAUCGGAGCGAACAUUCGUCAGGAGAAUCGCAACAAAUGCGCUCCCUUUUCCUCCGAUCUUUUUGAGACGACGAACAGGGGCAGCAAAAAUGGAUACUGGUGACCAACAAAGGCUGAUGCAUCCAAGCCAAGGUGGAGUGAGUAUGGCUAACGUGAUGUCCCAGCAUUAUAUGGGGGGACAGCAGCCACCCCCUCAGUCCGACGACCCGGACCAAAGGAAACAAGAAAUAGGAGACAUUCUACAGCAAAUCAUGACGAUAACUGACCAAUCUCUAGACGAGGCACAAGCGAGGUACGGAAAACACACACUAAAUUGUCAUCGGAUGAAACCAGCUUUGUUCAGUGUUCUCUGUGAGAUCAAAGAAAAAACAGUAUUGAGUAUCCGAGGGGCACAAGAAGAAGAACCCCCUGACCCUCAGCUUAUGAGAUUGGACAACAUGUUGAUAGCGGAGGGCGUGGCCGGGCCAGAGAAGGGUGGGGGCCCGUCGGCUGCGGCAAGUGCAACAGCGGCAGCUUCAGGUGGGCCAGGCCAACCCGACAAUGCCAUAGAACACUCAGACUAUAGGGCCAAGCUCGCACAGAUCAGACAAAUCUACCACACAGAGCUGGAGAAAUAUGAACAGGCUUGUAACGAGUUUACGACCCACGUGGUGAACCUGCUGCGGGAACAGAGCCGCACCCGUCCUAUCGCCCCCAAAGAGAUUGAGAGAAUGGUCAGCAUCAUCAGGAAGAAGUUUGCAGCCAUCGAGAUGCAGCUGAAACAGAGCACCUGUGAGGCAGUGAUGAUUCUUAGGUCACGCUUCCUGGAUGCCAGGCGAAAGAGGAGAAAUUUUAGCAAACAGGCGACAGAGAUUCUCAACGAGUAUUUUUACUCUCACCUGAGUAAUCCAUACCCCAGUGAGGAAGCCAAGGAGGAACUGGCCAGGAAGUGCGGUAUUGCUGUCUCACAGGUGUCCAACUGGUUUGGUAACAAGAGGAUUCGCUACAAGAAAAACAUAGGCAAGGCUCAGGAGGAGGCUAAUCUGUAUGCGGCAAAGUCUGCGGCGGCUGCAGCCGCUCAACAGUCUGUGGGGGGUCAGGAUGGGUCGUCACAGGGAUCUGUUGGUUACGGAAUGGCCCCCACCUCACAGCCUGGCGGCCUCGGGGGGCAGGGAAUGUACAUGAACCUGAACGGGGAGAACUACCAAAGUCCAGAGACCAAUGUGAGUGCUAACAUCCAGUCUCAGGGCCCCUCGCGCUCCCUCAGUCAAGGUAGCUCUCCUGGAGAACAGGAUCGUAAAGUCGCAGAGGAUGGAGAAGGGUGGCCGUCUGGCCAGUCUAGCCUCAGUUUCAUGCAGAGCCUCGACGAGGAAAAUUCAGCGGACUAUGAGGGAUCUGCAGAUGAACCCUCCUCAAAACGCUCAAAAGUGUAAUGGAGAAGCCUGCAUUCAAGCUCAGCUGAUUGCUACUCUUUGAUUUGUGGCAGUCACAGUCUUUUCAGUGUGUCACCAAAUUUCUUUUUUUUUAAGAAGUCAGCAUCCUUGCCCCUUAUGUCAAAUUCAUGUUCAUUGGUUGAUGUGUGGUUGCCAUGGCUACUCUUUCAUAUGUCAUCUUGCUUUUAAUUGAUUCUUUACAUGAUUGCUAUUUAUGGCUGCAAGGAGCCUGAAAAAUUUAUCCCAGGUUUGAUUGAUUGAUGAAUUAUGGCCAUGCUUGAUUGAUGAAUCAUGGCCAUGCUUGAUUGAUGAAUCGCCAUGCUUGAUUGAUGAAUUAUGGCCAUGCAUAAAAGAACUUUGAUAUGAUUGGUUGAUGGCUGGUUGCCAUGACUGAAAGAGUUUGGCUGUGCCUUUGGUUUUCACUGGUUUACAUACAGUUUUCAAGGCGUGGUUUGAGUGGUUGGUGCUGAUUCUUGUUGAAGUACAACUCUGCUUGUCAUCGUAGCAAGCUAUUCGCUCGCACACGCAGUUUGUGGAUUGAUUUUUGUGAAAUCAGUCAGUUGCAAUAUUCUGCUCAGAGUCCCAGCUUAGGUUGCCUUGGUUAACCUAGUAUUUCAGCGUGCUCACUUAGACUAAACUCAGUGGCAGAUUUUUGCUUGAUCUUUGCAGUGUUUUAUUAUUACUUAAAAAUCUAGAAGGAAUUAGCAUAACUCUGUUGCUACUAUCAUAUUUUCAUGUCAGUAGGAAAACUGAUUUGCUCAUAUUGAAAUGGCAUUAUUUGGUCUUCCAUUUUGCUUGUCCUCAGUGGAGUUUCUGUUUGAACUAAUCGACACAUGCAUUAUUCGUUUUUUACUAGCAGUUGAUUGGCUGUGUAAAACUUUGCUCUUAUUCCAUGUUGUUGUGAUUUACCACUGACCUUUGUUAACAUUAAAAGUUCAAAUGUUAAUAAUUGUAUAAUGUGACUGUAAAAAAAUUCACAAAAAGUUCCAUUUUUUGGCAAAGUUUGUGACAAAAGUCUUGGAAUUCCUGUUGUAUAAUGAAGGAAUUGAAACUGCGACAAAAUAAAACUGACUAAUUUAAUAUGUAGGAAAGAAACUUGAAGAUGGUUUCAUUUGGUUCACACUUCCUCUUGACAUUUCCCAUAUUUAACCUUCUGCUGUACUCGCAUGGUAGAACUUGUUAUUCAGUCAAUUAGUCCAAUGAAAAUAGCACCGUUUGAUAUGAUUAGUAAAAUUUGACUAAACAUAUUGGGUGAGUGAGUCUAGGAAAUAGGGCAGUCCUGUUUCAUUGGCUCAUUCAGUUUGCCACCAAGUGUAGAAGUUAACAAAUCUCCCUGGGUGGUUGUAGUCUAGGAAAUAGGGCAGUUCUGUUUUCAUUGGCUCAUUCAGUUUGCCACCAAGUGUAGAAGUUAACAAAUCUCCCUGGGUGAUUGUAGUGUAGGAAAUAGGGCAGUUCUGUUUUCAUUGGCUCAUUCAGUUUGCCACCAAGUGUAGAAGUUAACAAAUCUCCCUGGGUGAUUGUAGUGUAGGAAAUAGGGCAGUUCUGUUUUCAUUGGCUCAUUCAGUUUGCCACCAAGUGUAGAAGUUAACAAAUCUCCCUGGGUGAUUGUAGUGUAGGAAAUAGGGCAGUUCUGUUUUCAUUGGCUCAUUCAGUUUGCCACCAAGUGUAGAAGUUAACAAAUCUCCCUGGGUGAUUGUAGUGUAGAAAAUAGGGCAGUUCUGUUUUCAUUGGCUCAUUCAGUUUGCCACCAAGUGUAGAAGUUAACAAAUCUCCCUGGGUGAUUGUAGUCUAGGAAAUAGGGCAGUUCUGUUUUCAUUGGCUCAUUCAGUUUGCCGCCAAGUGUAGAGGUUAACAAAUCUCCCUGGGCGAUUGUAGUCUAGGAAAUAGGGCAGUUCUGUUUUCAUUGGCUCAUUCAGUUUGCCACCAAGUGUGGAAGUUAACAAAUCUCCCUGGGUGAUUGUAGUCUAGGAAAUAGGGCAGUUCUGUUUUCAUUGGCUCAUUCAGUUUGCCACCAAGUGUAGAAGUUAACAAAUCUCCCUGGGUGAUUGUAGUGUAAGAAAUAGGGCAGUCCUGUUUUCAUUGGCUCAUUCAGUUUGCCACUAAGUGUAGAAGUUAACAAAUCACCCUGGGUGAUUGUAGUCCAGGAAAUAGGGCAGCUCUGUUUUCACUCAGUCGCUUUAAUACCUUGAAGUAUGAGUUUGCAUGUUUUGGCGUCACACGUCCAUACCAAAGGCGAUGAAUGUACACAUGCAUGUAGCACUUGGCAGUUUUACAAAGUGGGGUUGGUCUCACAAGAGAAAUGGAUUUUUGAGUAUUUUCUACUGACUUCUCCGUCAAGAUUUUGUGCACAUUCCUGGAGAAGAAGCUGUUUCAUACAAAUUAUUAUGAAAGUUUCAUCUGGUGUGUUGUUCAUGCGUGUAUAUAUACAAAGUGCUUUGUGUGAAAUUUACUCUUUUUGCUACAAUACUGUGCUUAUAUUAAUUGUGUUUUGCUAAACUGCUAGUAUGUCUAUGUGAACAUCUUUUUUGUUGGCAUUAUAUGUUAGGCAAAGAAAAACAUCUUUUGUUUUGAAGGUAUUAAGAUCUGCAUGGAGAAUUGAGAAAGUUUUUGAAACUGACUUUACAAAGAGACAUCUUAGUUACAGCACCUGUAUAUACAAUGAAAGGGAAUGUUGUAAAUUUUGGUUUGCAAUGUUUACGGUUAAUUACAUUGUAAGGCUUGACGAUCUACAUUAUUUUAGAAGUUUUAAUAACUCUGACAAGAUCGGUUUCAAUGAACCUGUAGACUCCUGAAUCAACAUUCACAUUUUGUACAGGUGUUGUUUUUUUUUCUGAAGUUUUGAAGAACAGCAGAUAGAGUACCCAGACACUUUUGGGAAAAUUCCGAGCACAAGCAAUUUGAUACAUUACAUCUUUGUAGGGAAUAACUGAAUAAUUCACAUUCAGUGUUCAAAAAAACAACGAUUAAAUCUGCAGGACGUGUAUUAUGAGUCAGUGUGUACAAAUUAAUCUUGCCACCCUUCAUCUGUUAAACCCCGGUCAGGUUUGAUUUCUGGGCAAACUGUAAAUCAGUGGGUUUUUUCUUGUAAAUCACUUUGUGAAAGUGGCCAGUGGACAGAAACUGUAGGUUGAAUUCACACAAACUGGUCACAUACAUGUGUCUACUGUAAAUCUUCAACCUUUUCACCAGCUAAUGCACUUUCUUCAGUUGCAUUUAUGCAUACUGUUAUGAAAAUGACACCAAAAAUUAUUUGUUUGUGGCGAUAAAGAUGCAAGCUUCAUAAAACUGCGCAAAUUAUUUCCCUGAACUGCACAGUUCUCUCAGAAUGUUUCAAAAUAUUGGUCACAGGGAUGGUUGAAAAGGUUGAAGAAUUAGGGUAGAUACUGAGAGAAACGUACAGGAUGGUUUGCUCGGUCACAUGAUCUGAAGUUUCCCCAAGCACUGAUGAUCGCUUGUAUUUGGUGUACAUUGAGUCAUAUUACGAAGAGAGUACAUGUAUUAAUAUAUACCAAUGUAUAUCCACUGUGGGUUACAGUAUGGAAUUCUAGUUUUUUUGUGUAUUUUAUAGAAUUCAUGUAUUAAGAUGCCCACAUCUGCUCCAGACAUCUCUUUUUUUUAUUCACUCUAAAGGUUUUUGAAGAUGUUUAUGUCAAACUUGUUAGCUAUGAACAAUUUUUGUUUUAAUGAAGUGUAUUCACUUGAUUUUUUUUUUAAGUUGAUUAAAUCAUGAAAAAAUAUAUCUGAUUUUUGUCUUAAGCAUGCAUACACUUUUAUGAAGUUUUAAAAUUAGAUGUACAUAUGUACACAGUCAGGAUGUGAAAUUAGCAUUUUAUCAGGAUGUGAAAAUAAGCAUUUUGUCAAACUUUUACAAAAUGGCAUUUUAUAAUGUGAUCUUCAGACAGUUUGUGUUUCUUGCGUUUGUUUUAAUUGUGAUGUGUCCUAAGUAGGCCUGCAUGUUUGUCUCUACAAGUAUUUCUUUGAUGAUCAAUUUAAAUUGUUAAGCAUAAUGAUCAAUUUAAAUUGUUAGGCAUAAUGAUCAAUUUAAAUUGUUAAGCAUAAUGAUUACAGUGGUAGUUAUGAGAGUAAACUGGAAUUGUUUUCAGAUAUUUGUGAAUUAUAUGUCUAUUAUGGUACUAUUACACCACUUGAUUCAAAUCAAUACUGUUAGUUAUACGCCGAGUGUGUUUACAGAUUGAUGAUGCGUUGAAGGGAGACAUCUCUGACACAAAUGGGAGGUAACCCAACUGACAAUGUUAUCAAAAGCUAGUAGUAAAUCUCUGUAAUAAAUGUAUACGUUUCUAAAUGUAGUCCACCAUCAUGUGUAUCAGUGUCUAUCAUAUCGUGAAUAAUAUUCAAAGUAUUUCAAUAAAGGAUGUCAAACCA